AUGAUAUUACCCGUCACGCAGGAUCGGCUGUUGGACCAACUGGCGCAACAGGCCCCGGGUACAAACACGGAUGGCGAGCUAGUGCUCAUCGAUGAAGAGGGUGUGCUACAGAAUGUGGGACAGGUCAAACCACAGGAAAUUAUUAACGCUGAGGUUAGCCAGGUAGACUUCCACUUACGCCUGUACUUUGACGAUGAGGCGGUUAUCGACGCCGG